ACACUACCCAUCACUACACAGCACUACCCAUCAUUACACAUCACUAUCCAUCACUAUCCAUCACUACACAUCACCACCCAUCACUAUCCAUCACUUCACAUCACUGUCCAUUACUACGCGUCAUUAUCCACCACUACACAUCACUGUCCAUCACUACACAUCACUAAACAUUACUGUCCAUCACUACACAUCACUAUCCAUAACUACACAUCCCUGUCCAUCACUAUACAUCACUAUCCAUCACUACACAGCACUGUCCAUUACUACACAUCACUGUCCAUCACUACACAUCACUAUCCAUCGCUACACAUCACUAUCCAUCACUACACAUCACUGUCCAUCACUACACAUCACUAUCCAUCACUAUCCAUCACUAUCCAUCAUUAUCCAUCACUACCCAUAACUACACAUCACUACCCAUCACUAUCCAUCACUACCCAUCUCUACCCAUCACUACAAAUCACUAUCCAUCACUACACAUAACCACCCAUCACUAUCCAUCACUAGCCAUCAUUAUCCAUCACUACCCAUCACUACGCAUCACUACCCAUCACUAUCCAUCACUACCCAUCUCUACCCAUCACUACACAUCACUAUCCAUCACUAUCCAUCACUACACAUAACCACCCAUCACUAUCCAUCACUAUCUAUCACUAUCCAUUACUACCCAUCACUACACAUCACUAUCCAUCACUAUCCAUCACUACACAUCACCACCGAUCACUAUCCAUCACUAUCCAUCAUCACACAACUAUCCAUCACUAUCCAUCACUACCCAUCACUACACAUCACUACCCAUCACUACCCAUCACUACACAUCACUAUACAUCACUACCCAUCACUAUCCAUCACUACACAUCACUAUCCAUCAUUACCCAUCACUAUCCAUCACUACCUAUCACUAUCCAUCACUACACAUCACUGUCCAUCACUGCACAUCACUAUCCAUCACUACGCAUCACUGUCCAUCAGUACACAUCACUAUACAUCACUAUCCAUCACUACACAGCACUGUCCAUUACUACACAUCACUGUCCAUCACUACACAUCACUAUCCAUCGCUACACAUCACUAUCCAUCACUACACAUCACUGUCCAUCACUACACAUCACUAUCCAUCACUAUCCAUCACUAUCCAUCAUUAUCCAUCACUACCCAUAACUACACAUCACUACCCAUCACUAUCCAUCACUACCCAUCUCUACCCAUCACUACACAUCACUAUCCAUCACUACACAUCACCACCCAUCACUAUCCAUCACUAGCCAUCAUUAUCCAUCAC